UCCUCCCUUCUUCAUGCCUCCACCCCUCACUCUCUUUACCCUAUCAAUACUCACACUUCUCUCUCCUCCUUUUUCUGCUGCUUCUGCACCUACACUACCACAGUAACUAGCUAUUUCUUUGUCGUUUCUUUUGUUUUUCAAUUGCCCCAAAGAUUUAAGGGCAAAGGGUAUAGUUGUUUUGGUUGGGGGGGUGGGGGGGGGGGACACGUGGCAAUAGAAAAUGAAAGAGAGUGGGAGAAAACAAGGUGCAGCAUCACCUUGCGCAGCUUGCAAGCUAUUGAGGAGAAGGUGUGCCCAAGAUUGUGUAUUUGCUCCUUAUUUCCCAGCAGAUGAGCCCCAGAAGUUUGCUAAUGUCCACAAGGUCUUUGGUGCUAGUAAUGUGAAUAAGAUGUUACAGGAACUACCAGAGUAUCAGAGAGGAGAUGCAGUGAGCAGCAUGGUGUAUGAAGCGAAUGCGAGAGUGCGAGACCCUGUGUACGGCUGCGUCGGUGCUAUAUCAUCUCUACAGCAACAGAUUGAUGCACUCCAAACCCAGCUGGCGCUGGCUCAGGCGGAGGUGGUGCACCUUCGGGUCCGGCAGACUACCAUAUCACAUCAUCAAUUUCAAUCUGUGCUGAGCCCUACUAGUCCGCCGAGUAACAGCGGCUCUCCGUCGUCUAGACUCGUGGGAUCACAGAUCAGGCCCAUGUUUGACAUGGAUAUGGUGGACCAUGCAAGCUUGGGAGAAUCAAUGUGGUCGUGCUAAAUGCUUUUUCCUUUUUCUUUUUUCAAAUCCUAAUUAAUUUCUUGCUUUGGACUAUCUAAUGAUUUGAUGUUUUUGCACGGGUUUUGUUUCCACUUGGGUACUUAGAGAGGUAUAGCACUGCUAGUAGCGGUGGGGAUGAUUCACCUACUUUAUUUUGGAUUAACUAUAUUGUAUAUAUAUAUUAAUUUGAAGAUUAUAUACAGUAAGUAAUUAUAUAGUUUAUUAUUGAUUUGCUUGUC